AUGAUUCUCACAGUCAAGCUGCUUCUGGGCCGGAGAUGCAGCCUGAAGGUGUCCGGGCAGGAGAGUGUGGCCAUGCUGAAGAAGCUGGUGUCGGAGCACCUGCAGGUGCCGGAGGAGCGGCAGCACCUGCUCUUCCGAGGCCAGCGUCUGGCUGAUGACAAGCGUCUCUCCGACUACUGCAUCGGGCCCAAUGCCUCCAUCAAUGUCAUCAUGCGGCCCUUGGCAAAGACAGCGGCCGCGGAGGCCCACCCACCCCAGCCCUUGUGGCACCAUCUGGGCCUGGUCCUGGCCAAGCACUUCGAGCCCCACGACACCAAGGCGGUGCUGCGCCUGCUGCGGCGGGAGCACCAGGAGCGCCUGCAGAGGAUAAGCCUGGGGGACCUAGAGCAGCUGGCCCAGUACCUCCUGAUAGAGGAGCCCCUGGCGGAGCCCACAGGGGAGAAGGGGCCUGAGGCCGAGACCUUAGAGCCCCAAGACAAAGAGGAGGAGGAGGAAGACAAAGAGGAGGAGGACGAGGAGGAGGGGAAGGCUGAGCAGUAA